UUGUUUUCAGAACUUAGGCAGUUUAGAUUAGGAAACCGAAAAUAAUUUUAUCGGCAAAUAGUUUUGAGAAAGUUGACACAUAUUCACUUGAAUUUACACUAAAUGGAAGCUUGCAGACGGCAGAGUGAAGAAGCUAUGGAGUCGAAGAGCAAUCCCAUCUUCAACUCUCUUAUUGUUCUCCACAACGCUCUCAUCAUCACCAUGGAUUCCGAGAGCCGAGUCUUCCGGAACGGCGGAAUUGCGAUCUCCGGUGACAAAAUCAAGGCCAUCGGCCGCUCUUCCGAUAUUCUCCACCAAUUCUCUGCUUCUGCUCACCACAUUAUUGACCUUCAUUCUCAAAUCUUGCUCCCCGGGUUUAUUAACACGCAUGUCCACACUUCUCAGCAGCUUGCGAGGAGCAUUGCCGACGAUGUGGAUUUGAUGACUUGGUUGCAUCAUCGUAUAUGGCCCUACGAAUCCAACAUGACCGAGGAAGAUUCCUACAUUUCCACUUUGCUUUGUGGUAUUGAACUCAUUCACUCGGGUGUAACAUGCUUUGCUGAGGCAGGGGGGCAAUAUGUAUCUGGAAUGGCUAAAGCUGUAGAGUUGUUGGGUUUACGGGCGUGCUUAACUCAGUCAAUAAUGGACUGUGGGGAAGGAUUGCCAGCUCCUUGGGCUGAUAUAACUACUGAUGAUUGCAUUCAGUCUCAAAAAGAGCUUUACAAGAAGUACCACAACACGGCAGAUGGGCGCAUCAGAGUAUGGUUUGGUAUCAGACAAAUUAUGAAUGCAACAGAACGUCUAUUGAUUGAAACAAGGGAUAAUGCAUUAGAACUAGAAACUGGGAUCCACAUGCAUGUUGCAGAGAUAGCCUAUGAGAACCUGAAAGUGAUGAAUGAACGAAAAGUUGAUCAUGGAACAGUUACUUACCUGGAGGAAAUACAGUUUCUGCGAAACAAUUUACUUUCUGCACAUACUGUUUGGGUUAAUGACAAUGAGAUUAGUUUUCUUUCAAGGAAUGGGGUCAAAGUAUCCCACUGUCCAGCUUCGGCAAUGAGAAUGCUUGGAUUUGCACCUAUCAGAGAGAUGCUUGAUGCUGGUAUUUGUGUUUCCAUUGGAACAGAUGGAGCACCGUCAAAUAAUAGAAUGAGCAUAGUUGAUGAGAUGUACCUUGCAUCGCUGAUUAAUAAAGGCCGGGAAGUCUAUGCAAAUGGAACAACCAAUCCCUCUGUUCUUCCUGCUGAAGUAGUCCUACAAAUGGCGACAAUAAAUGGCGCAAAAUCAGUACUUUGGGAGAAUGAAAUAGGAUCACUUGAAGUUGGGAAGAAGGCGGAUAUGGUUGUGAUCAAUCCUUCUUCUUGGUCCAUGGUUCCUUCCCAUGACAGUAUUUCCUGCCUUGUCUAUAGUAUGAGGACUGAAAAUGUGAUAUCUGUAAUGUGCAAUGGCAAGUGGAUAAUGAAAGAUAAGAAGAUCAUUAAUGUGAAUGAGGAAGAUGUAAUUUUGAUGGCAAAACAAGCUUCCAAGGAGCUGCUGGAGAGAGCAGGAAUAAGAAUUCCGAACAGAAUGAAUUUCAUCUAAUUGGCCAAGCAGGUUAUCUUCAGUUUGUUGUUUUUAAUUUUCAUUCAAGUGCUUAUCUUUGCAAAAUGCAAAUAAUGGAAUUUUUAUGCUUUGUUGUGUUUAUAUUUUGAAAGAAAUGGUAUUUUUCUCCUGACCAGUUAGUUUCAUUUGCAAAUUCAAAAUCUAACCAAUUUGCAAAGAGUUAGUAAAGAUUCUAGUUGCCACAA